AUGGCCAAGCUCUGGUUCAAAUUCCAGCGGUACUUCCGCAGGAAGCCUGUGCGUUUCUUUACCUUCCUGGUGCUCUACCUGACGGCGGGGAGCCUGGUCUUCCUGCACUCUGGCUUUGUGGGCCAGCCUGCUGUCUCCCAGAACCAGGCCAGCCCCGCCGCGGGGGUCCCAGCCGAGGGCGCCGAGCUGCCCUUCUUGGGUGACCUGCAUCUGGGCAGAGGCUUCCGGGACGCGGGCGAGGCCUCGAGCCUCGCCCGCCGGUACGGACCCUGGUUCAAGGCCAAGGACGGGAGCGAGAGGACCAAGCUGGGUGAUUACGGUGGAGCCUGGAGCCGAGCCCUCAAGGGGAGGAUCGUCCGGGAGAAGGAGGAGGAGCGAGCCAAGUACAUCGGCUGCUACCUGGAUGACACCCAGAGCCGGGCCCUGCGAGGCGUGUCCUUUUUCGACUACAAAAAGAUGACCAUCUUCCGUUGCCAGGACAACUGUGCAGAACGGGGUUACCUGUAUGCCGGGCUGGAGUUCGGAGCCGAGUGCUACUGCGGCCACAAGAUCCAGGCGACAAACGUGAGCGAGGCCGAGUGUGACAUGGGGUGCAAGGGCGAGCGCGGCAGCGUGUGCGGUGGCGCCAACCGCCUCUCCGUCUACCGGCUGCAGCUGGCCCAGGAGUCUGCGCGCAGGUAUGGGAGUGCGGUCUUCCGAGGCUGCUUCCGCAGGCCCGACAACCUCUCCCUGGCCUUGCCUGUGACGGCCGCUAUGCCGAACAUGUCCGUGGACAAGUGCGUGGACCUCUGCACCGAGAAGGAGUACCCACUGGCCGCCCUCGCGGGCACCGCCUGCCACUGCGGGUUCCCCACCACGCGGUUCCCCCUCCACGAGAGGGAGGACGAGCAGCUCUGUGCCCAGAAGUGCAGCGCGGAGGAGUUUGAGAGCUGCGGGACUCCCCGUUACUUCAUCGUGUACCAGACACAGGUCCAAGACAACCGCUGCAUGGACAGAAGGUUCCUCCCAGCCAAGUCCAAGCAGCUCAUCGCUCUGGCCAGCUUCCCCGGCGCCGGCAACACGUGGGCUCGCCACCUCAUCGAGCUGGCCACCGGCUUCUACACGGGCAGUUACUACUUUGACGGUUCUCUCUACAACAAAGCUUCCCAGAAGUCUGGUGAGCAACUCGACAUCAGCGAGCAGAAACAGGGCACAGGAGCUGCUCACAGCCGGGCCGACGCCCCGCCGGGCUGCCACGGCACAGCCUUCGACGUGCAAAGAGAAGCCCUCUGA